AUGGCAAAAGUUAAGAAAGGCAAGGGCAAAGGCAAUGGUGGUGGCAGGGAGCACUUUCAGCGUGUAAACUACCUUGCGCAACUAUCUCGACACGUAGCACAAGCGACCGGUGAUGUCUCGCUCACCCAGUUAUACAAUCGUAACUUGGUGCAAGUCAGCCACAAGACCAAAACCCGCUUGAGCCCCUCGCUCAAGCGCAGUAUGUGCAAACAAUGCAAGAUAGCGCAAAUCCCCACUAUCACUACCAAAGUGAGCGUCGAAAAGCAUACAGGCUGCCUCGCCAUAGAGUGCCAGUGCCACCAGCGCCCUCACAAGAGCAAGCGUGUCAACAACAAGAGAUCAGUGAAACGCUUCCCCAUUAAUGCCUGCAGAUCACUGGAUCAUUGA